UCGAUAGCGGUUAUGAUAGCGGGUUAGCUAACGGCUAACCUAGCUUGAUUUGAUGGAGGCAGAGAGGGGGCGGGCAGCGGUGCAGCGUUAGUUUCAGCGGGAGUUGCAUUAAAGGCCGUCAGCUCGGACAUUAUAAACGAGGACGGACAGAAACAACAAGAUAUGCAGUCAUGAAGCGGGUUCGCACUGAGCAGAUCCAAUAUGCUGUGGCUCAGUACCUGAAGAGGAGGCAGUAUGUGGACACCGACGGCUCCCUGAAAGGAGCCAAGCUGUUCCAGUCUGCUGAGGAGAUGGCCGCCAGCCUCACGGUGCAGGCAGAGUCGGGCGUUGCCAACAUCGUCUCUGCUGCACCCUGUCAGUCUGAUCCACAGCAGUAUGAGACUCAGUUCUCCAGACUGCGCUGCUUUCUUGCAGAAGCUGAAAUCUCUUGGGCAAAGGAGGUGAGCAGCAUCCUGUAUCCACUCUUCGUUUACCUGCACCUGGACAUGGUGCGCUGCGGCCUGAAGGGGGCAGUCGAUGGGUUUUACAGUCGUUUCCACGGGGCCUUUCUUCAGGACAGUGAGCAGCGGGCCGUCAUAGAGCAGCUCCGUCAUGUUCUGACUGCUCAGGAUGUUGCAUCUAACCCCAAGCUGAGUGCUUUCCUGCAGCACAAGUACGUGGUUCAGCUGACGGAGCCGGCCUACAGCUACCUGCUGCGCUACCUGCAGAGCGAGGACAACGGCACCCUCUGCAGGGCUCUGAGCACUCACCUGCAACUGGAGGUCACCACCUCGAGGCGUACGGACUACCAGCUCUAUGGAGCUGCUUUUGGGGCAACCACCGCCCAAAACUCCACAUCGUCCUGGGCAGGAGUGGAUGGAGCAGAUGGUGGAGAGGGGGUGGAGGUCCCUGCAGGGAUCCCACAGAACGAGGCAGCUCUGGAGGCUUUGCAAGAUUCCAUCAAGAAAGUCCGUGAGGGUCCCCCCUCACUCACUACUGUGUGCUUUUAUGCCUUCCACCACACGGAGCAGAUGCUGAACACGGCCGAGGUGUCUGCGGACAGCCGGCUGCUGUCUGCUGGCUUUGACAGCUCCACAGUGAAGCUAUGGAGCCUUCGAGCCAGAAAGUUGAAGGCCAGACCGCAUCAGUCUGACGUAUCGCACAUCCACCUGGCGUGUGACGUGCUAGAGGAGGAUGGGGAGGAAGAAGACUCUUCUGGUAGUGAGAUAAAGACGCUGCGAGGUCACAGUGGCCCAGUGUUCCGUACGGCCUUCCUGACCGACAGCUCUGGAUUGCUGUCCUGUUCCGAGGACACGACCGUUCGCUACUGGGACCUGGGCAGCUUUACGAACACGGCGCUCUAUCGCGGCCAUGCCUACCCUGUGUGGGACGUGGACGUCAGCCCCUGCAGCUUAUACUUCGCCAGCGGUUCCCACGACCGCACCGCCCGUCUCUGGACCUUCUCCCGCGCCUACCCGCUGCGCGUCUAUGCAGGGCACCUCGCGGAUGUUGACUGUGUCAAAUUCCACCCCAACUCCAACUACCUGGCCACCGGCUCCACGGACAAGACCGUGCGGUUGUGGGGCACCCAGCAGGGGGCAUCUGUUCGUCUCUUCACCGGCCACCGUGGCCCAGUGCUCUCGCUCGCUUUUUCCCCUAAUGGGAAGUACUUGGCGUCUGCUGGCGAGGACCAAAGGGUGAAGCUGUGGGAUCUAGCAUCAGGGACGCUGUUCAAAGACCUGCGGGGGCACACGGACAGCGUGACCAGUCUGUCUUUCAGCCCAGACAGCAGCCUGGUGGCCUCGUCCUCCAUGGACAACUCGGUCCGCGUGUGGGACAUCCGCAGCUCCCACAGCGGGACGCCAGCAGACGGCUCGUCCAGCGAGCUGGUGGGACUGUACACUGGAAACACCAGCAACGUGCUCAACGUCCAGUUCAUGGCCUGCAACCUGCUGCUGGUCACAGGAACCGCACAGGAGAAAUCCGAACAGUAGUCACAGCUGGCUUCUCUUUUUGUGUCCUCAUGUUUGUUUGAAGGAGUCUCACCUCUGUCAGUGUCAUGUUCACUUUCCUCACCCCUGCCGUAGUUUACUUCAUCAAAGCUUGGAACAGGCAAAGAGCAAAGUUAUUUAUAUAUAUAUAUAUAUAAUA